UGGUGCAGCAGCCUAGUCGUCAAUCAGUUCCACAAUGUCUACGCAAUCGAUCAGUUAUAACAUGCCGUGGUGUCUUGGUGGUAUACUUUUACUAGUAACUUUGGGCAACGGUGUAAGAUCUCAUAAUAACCAGUUCAACUAUUGUCGAGCUGGAUUGUGUUCAACAGGUAUUCGGCAUGUGGCUUGCAACGAAAACAAAUUUGGAUCCAAUUGCAGCAAACCUUUGUUAAUAGAUAUGCCCCCCAAAUAUAUAAGCCUAAUUUUGAAUUAUCAUAAUGCGAAGAGAAACCAACUGGCAUGUGGUCUCAUGCGACGCUAUGCUUCAGCCAGUGCUAUGCAGAAAUUGCGCUGGAGUAGCGAACUGGCUAUGUUGGCAGAAUAUAAUGCUAAAAGUUGCCAUUUUGCGCACGACCAAUGCCACAACACUGUAAGGUUUCGUAAAACAGGGCAAAGUAUUGGUAUGAAGUGGUUCCAUGGAAUGAAUUACACAGAACCCUACAUCAUAAAGGAUCUUAUACGGAAAUGGUUUUUGGAACACAAGCAGACCAAGCAGCAGGACUUGGACCGAUACACCUUCGGUCCACACGGAUAUGAAAUUGGUCACUUCACCCAGAUGAUACAUGCCGACACCACAGAAAUUGGCUGUGCCUUCGUUCGCUUCCAAAAGCAAAACAACAACUUGAGCUUUAUGCACUACUAUCUUGUAUGCAACUAUUCCGAAGGAAACAUCGCCGAACGUCCAGUAUACCGCAAAGGCAAACGAUGCAGCAAGUGCAUCCAUGGUUGUACCAGAGGAAAAUUUCGCUGUUUAUGUCGUGGCUAGGCCUAGGACAAACCUUGAAAUAUUUAAAUGCACUUGUGUACUAGCUUGAAAACUUAUCGAUAACUAACAAUAAAAGA